GGUUGUUCGCCGCCGCUUCCAGGGUCAUCGGCCCUGCCAUUCAAACCGGCAAGCAGGUGGCGUCGAGGUCGUUUGCGCCAUCCCCCCGCGUCUAUUUCCCGCCAAGAAGAAGCUUCAUGACGACUGCUACUCUCCGGUCGUCGACAUCUAGCGGCGAGGAGCAUGAAUCAGAGAUUCUGGAUGCCUACUCUCGUGCCAUCAUAUCGGUGGUUGACUCUGUCGGCCCGUCUGUGGUGUCGAUCGGGGUUCAAUCAGAGCGAGGAGAGAGCUCGGGCUCCGGGGUCUUCUUCGCCCCUGACGGCUACCUCCUGAGCAACGCGCACGUGGUGGGGGAUGCUGGCAGCGUUCAGAUCACUAUGACCGACGGGCGGAGCAUGACAGCGACAGUGAUCGGGACGGAUCCGCAGACUGACCUGGCGGUGUGUCAGGCCAACAACUUCCACUCGGCUGUUCCCUUCUCACAACUCGGAGACUCUGCGCUCCUCAAGGUCGGGCAGCUCGCCAUCGCCAUCGGAAACCCGCUCGGCUUCGCCUCGUCGGUCUCGACGGGCGUCGUCUCUGCUCUCGGGCGUAGCAUCCGAGGGGUGGCAGGGAACAUCAUCGAGGACGUCAUCCAGACCAACGUUCCUCUUAACCCCGGGAACUCCGGAGGUCCAUUGGUGAGCAGCAGCGGGAAAAUCAUUGGAAUCAAUACAGCCAUCAUUGCUGGGGCUCAGGGCCUCAGUUUCAGCGUCCCCAUCAACACCGCCAAGUGGGUCCUGCAGGAGAUCCUGUCGCAUCGCAGAGUGAGACGAGCUUGGCUCGGCCUCUACUGCCAGGUGGUCGUCAUCAGCCCAGAGUUCCGUCGAGCUCUCCCUGAAGUGCUUCACAAGAGCAAAAGUGUCGUGCACGUGAGGGGCCUGGAACCUGAUGGCCCCGGAUGGCGAGGAGGUGUUCAAGUGAACGACUUGGUGACGGCUGUCAACGGAAAGGUUGUUGAGAAUAUCGACGACAUCUAUCGAUGCAUUUCAUCGCACCCUCCAUCCGACAAAAUGUUCACGGUGACGGUGGCGCGACGAGUGAAGCAGGGAGAAUGGAUGGUGAUCGACCUUCAAGUUCCUUUCAUGGAGCGACCUGCUACAACUCGCAGGACUGAGAGGGUCCCCUCCAUCAAGUGGUGAUCUAGUUACUUCAGCAAGAAUGUCUUGUCUAGUGAGUACAAAUAUCUCAGGAG